GUAAACCUCCAGCGUUCCCACUUCCGACCCUUCUUUUUUUGCAAUACCCUACGUUCUUGUCGCGAACGUCAUCGGUCUUGCUUGGUUGUUACCGGACUUUCGAAAAGUCAACGGGCUAAGAGAGACUUCCUUUUUUCCCCACAUACCUCCUUGGGCGCCACCUACGGUUUCUCUGCUUCCUUCUUCACUACCAAAAAAGUGUUAUUAUUCGCCUUGUUACUCCAACUUCAUUUGCUAUCUCCAUUUUUUUUUUUUUACUUCACUCUCGUUUCUUCUACACACUCUCCCUGUCCCUUCCAUCUUUUUAAUUAUCUUGUCUCAUAUCCUGAGCAAGUCUAGAGGAUUAGUAUUCUUGUCGCUUUUCUCCGAAUCUUGGAGUUACAUCCGUCUGUAAUCCAAAAUGGCGGAAUUCGUGCGUGCCCAGAUCUUUGGCACAACCUUCGAGAUCACAAGCAGGUACACAGAACUGCAGCCCGUGGGAAUGGGUGCGUUCGGCCUCGUGUGUUCGGCGAGGGACCAAUUGACCGGACAGCCCGUCGCCGUUAAGAAGAUUAUGAAACCUUUCAGUACCCCAGUUUUGUCCAAGAGAACAUACCGCGAACUGAAACUAUUGAAGCACUUGCGCCACGAAAAUAUCAUCAGCCUAAGUGAUAUUUUUAUUUCUCCCCUCGAAGACAUCUAUUUCGUAACCGAGCUCUUGGGUACCGACCUCCACCGACUUCUCACAUCAAGGCCGUUGGAGAAGCAGUUUAUCCAGUAUUUCUUAUACCAGAUCUUGCGAGGACUUAAAUAUGUGCACUCAGCAGGUGUUGUGCAUCGUGAUCUUAAGCCGAGUAAUAUCCUUAUCAACGAGAACUGUGACCUGAAGAUUUGCGAUUUUGGUCUCGCCCGUAUUCAAGACCCCCAGAUGACAGGCUACGUGUCGACGCGAUACUACCGUGCGCCUGAGAUUAUGCUCACAUGGCAAAAGUAUGAUGUGGAGGUGGACAUCUGGAGUGCCGCUUGUAUUUUCGCCGAGAUGCUGGAAGGAAAGCCUCUGUUCCCCGGCAAGGAUCAUGUGAACCAAUUCUCCAUUAUCACAGAGCUCCUUGGUACCCCACCGGACGAUGUGAUUGAGACAAUCUGUAGUGAGAAUACUUUGCGAUUCGUCAAGUCUCUCCCCAAGCGAGAACGUCAACCCCUCGCCACCAAAUUUAAGAACGCUGACCCGGAUGCGGUCGACCUUCUCGAGCGGAUGCUGGUAUUUGACCCGAAGAAGAGAAUUCGCGCGGGCGAGGCGCUGGCGCACGAGUACCUUGCUCCGUACCACGACCCCACCGAUGAGCCUGUGGCAGAGGAGAAGUUCGAUUGGUCAUUCAAUGAUGCUGACCUACCGGUAGACACCUGGAAGAUCAUGAUGUACUCGGAAAUUCUCGACUUCCAUAAUAUCGAUCAGGGUACCGAGGCGAGCCAAGUCGCCGUUGAGGGAGCUGGAGAUGCCCAGCAAAAUUUUGUAUAAUCGGGUUCCUAAUUUCGCGGACGAGGCGCAGGCAAUAGUGCAGCGUGUUUCUGAGGUUAUCUUCUUUUCCCUUUUGUUCUCCUUGUUUGGUAUGUAGACUGGGCAUGAAGGCUGUGAUAUCUUUACAUCUACGGAUACUUUCUCAUUCACUGUCACGUGGUUGUUUUGCAAAUUCUGAGGCGCUUUUGCCUUCAGGACCUGUGGUUUUCUUACGACGUUGUUAGAAUCGGGGAGUUGAAAAUCAGUUGUGACAUUGAUUUUCCCUUUCUCUUUUGGUUUCUUGUUCCCUAUAUAUAAGUUACACGUGAACCAUGAAUGAUGAACUAGUUGGUGCUUGAGGAAUACAUGAAUGAAAACCGGGCCAUUAGAACAA